AUGAAGUUCUCCACUGUCGCCGUUAUUGCCGCCACUGGCGCGGCUGCCCAGCUCCAGGUCAUCCAAGGAGUCUUCGUCAAGAUCACCGCCGCCGUUGAUGCUCUCGAGACCGCUACCAGGAACUCUGGCGGCGAUGUUAGUUCUCUCCAGGCCAAGUCUGAUGCCCUCGUCGCUGCCAUCCUGGACGGCAAGAAAACCGUCGACGGCUCCCAGGACCUCACCCUUGCCGAUUCGGUUGGCCUGACCGAGCCUGUCACCAGCUUGACCAAGAAGUCGCAGAACCUUGCCGACGAUUUCAAGGCUUCAAGACCCCGAGUUGAGAAGCUUGGCGCCUGCGAUAUUGUUCGCUCAAAGCUCGCCGCCAUCGCCAACGGCUCCAAGGACCUGACCGAGUCUGUUGUUUCCAAGAUUCCCAAGGAUGCUCAGACCAUUGCCGCCAGCCUUGCCGCCGGCUUGAGCAAGGUGCUUGAGCAGAGCCGAUCCGAUUUCUCCGAGGACAAAUGCAAGAACGCUGCCGGUCACAGCACGCCGUCCGCAGCCCCCUCCACGCCCGCUUCCUCCCCCUCUGCUUCUGCUCCCGCUUCGGCUUCGGCUCCGGCUUCUGCUUCGGCUUCGUCUUCUGCCCCUGCCUCCACCAGCCACGCCGAAGAAGCUUCCAAGACCUCUGAACCUGCGACCACCGUUACCACCUUCGUUUCCGGCACCGGCUGUGCUGGACCUUCCCACGGCAACAGCACUGCCACUACCACCCCCAUCGUCACCGCCGGUGCCUCUUUCCUGGCUCCCGCUGGGGCUCUCGCCAUGGCUGUCGUCGCUGCUCUCCUGUAA